UUGUAAAAAAAAAAGCUUUAUCCAGACACUCAGAUAUGCACCUAUAAUGACAAAUGUAGAUUAUUUAUUUAAUAAGGGUUAUUAUGGUCUGUCCUGUGUUUAUGUGGUGGGGAAAUGUAUUUCUUCUUUAUUUCAUUCAGUGUGGUACAUAAAGGUUUAGGGAUGUUACCAAACCCGAACAAUAAUUCGGAUUAAUCCGUCACACGGAACGCAAACAGUUUAUCUGCUGUAAAUGUUUCAAAGUUUAAUAAAGUUGGAAAGAAAAAAAACACGGACGCAGUCGCUACUGAUGACGAAAAAAGCAUGCGACGGUUUAGCUAGCCACAGCUAGCCUCGUUAGCAGAGGAGUGCAGAUUAAAAACUGGAUUAAACACGCCGCUGGCUCGCGGGUAAUCUGCACGUGGCUGCUGUUGGUGUCGGUUCGCAGGCCCGGAUGACUGUAGGGGACGGAGCUGAUGCGCGUUAGUCGCUUCGGUGGGCUCCUCGUGUUUGGCUAACAUGAUGGAGGGCGACUUUUCCCCACACCGUCUGACAGAACCGAUGCAGUCCGGCUCUGCGGUUCCGGACGGGCUGUGCUGGGUGUCGGUUCUGUCCUGUCUGCUGCUCGCCUGCUCGUAUGUUGGCAGCCUGUACGUGUGGAAGAGCGACCUGCCCAGGGAUCAUCCCACCGUGAUAAAGCGGCGUUUCACCAGUGUCCUGGUCGUGUCCGGUCUGUCGCCGCUCUUCGUUUGGGCGUGGCGAGAACUCACAGCGGUCAGGACCAGCGCCUCGCUGUUGGCUCUCAUGGGGAUCCGGCUUGAAGGCAUCGUCCCUGCCAUUGUUUUUCCUUUGCUGCUGACUAUGGUCCUCUUUCUGGGCCCCCUCAUGCAGCUGGCCAUUGACUGUCCCUGGACCUUCACAGAUGGGGUCAAAGUGGCCCUUGAUCCCUGCUUCUGGUCUCUGUGCGUCAGCGACAUGCGCUGGCUGAGGAACCAGGUGGUGGCGCCGCUGACGGAGGAGCUGGUGUUCCGGGCCUGCAUGCUGCCCAUGCUGGUGCCCUGUGCUGGGCCGGCCACCGCCAUCUUCACCUGCCCGCUGUUCUUCGGAGUGGCUCACUUCCACCACGUGAUCGAGCUGCUGCGGUUCAGGCAGGGCACGCUGGCGGGGAUCUUCCUCUCUGCAGCGUUCCAGUUCUCCUACACGGCGGUGUUUGGAGCGUACACGGCUUUCAUCUUUCUCAGGACAGGUCAUUUGAUGGGUCCGGUUCUCUGUCACUCCUUCUGUAACUACAUGGGUUUUCCCGCCGUCAGCACGGCUCUGGAGCACCCCCAGCGCCUCACGAUUCUCUGCUCCUACCUGCUGGGUGUCCUCCUCUUCCUCUUCUUCCUCUUUCCUUUCACGGACCCCUCCUUCUACGGGUUCCCCACCCCGGUCUGCACCCUCGCCCCCUCCGCCAGCUCCCUCUGCUUCUCCUGAUCCCGGCCCCACGCCGCCGCUGCCGUCACGCCGCUGAAGAAGAGCCGUUCUCCUGAAUCGCUGCAGGUGAAGGUCGAUGAAGAACGUGAAGCGUUUCAUCGCAUCCGACGGCUCAUUUGACAAAUGUUAGGAAAUCCUGUCACUGGGAGCCAAUCCGGCACCAAAGAGCCCUUCUGUGUCUCGCUGACCCCCCGAUAAGUGAUGCUGGUCCAGUUGAUGAGGCGGAGAGGUUCCCCUCAUGCUGACAUAGCUCCACCAUCAAGGACGAGGUACCAGUGCCAUUGAUGGUGACCGUCUCUUUCCACUUUGUCCCUUUACUCUGGUUAGUGGUUAUGGAAGGUCUAGUUUUUUAGUUCUGCUGGUCGUUUUUCAUGAUUCCUGAUAAAAAGAUGUGAAACUUUUCUACAAAAUAAUCUUUGAGCUCCACUCAAACAGGCGACCAACAAUCGAGAGAAAGAAAACAAACACUGUUGUCACUCGGUUCUGAUUCAUCAGAUAAAAAAAAGCAGUAAAGCUGGUCCAUGAGUUAACAAUCCAAAUCUAUAAAACAGAGAAUUAGAAUUAGUGGUUGGGAAACAAAUUGUUGCCCAAUACAAAGGCAUCCUUUCAUUUUCAUGGCGUCAUUUCACAUCAAAGAUGAUCAAAAGUUCAAGGCGCUUUCACCCUCAGGUAGUUUGGUAGAUUUGGUUCGUCUCAGCGGAUUUCCAAGUCCACUUCAACUCUUUCAUUUGGUUUGCUUUUCUCAUUAAGGAGGUCUGACACCUGCUUGUUUGGGAUGCUUUUAUCUGAAAUGAAUUCUGACCAGAAAGGUAAAAAAAAAGAAAAAUUCAGCCAAUUCUUCAACUUUUGGUAUGGAUAAACCCUUUUAACAUCGUCCCACCACUUUACCUACAGAUUUCUAUUUGCUUUUGGCCAUGCGUCUUUGCAUUUGUGACAUAACUACUGAUUUUUAUUUUUUAUUUUUUUGCAACCCGCAGCUUAGUUGUUUUUCCCUGAGAAAAAAUGUGUGUCCCUUCACACCACGUAUGAGUGGCAGCUCUUAAACUUCCCUCAUGAAACUGCUUUAGAACCAAAAGUGGAACAUGUCGGCGUGCAGCCACUACACAGAACCAGUGGAACCUGUUUGUUACAAAAUCCAGCCUGUUCCCAUUUAUUUCAAUGUAAAGGGGCCAACAUGCUUAUACUUUGGUUCAAACCUGUUUACCUUCUGCAGGUACAUUGAAGUGUUGGGAACAUCGUACUGCUGUGAAUAUACACACACAGAUGUGUGUGUAUAUAUGACCAAGAUUAAAACCAGUCAUGUACAUCUCAUUGACAGUUGACCAUCCAGUCGUUGGCUCUAACGUAACCUCAAUGUCCCAACAAAUAUAUUCUACAAACUUGAGUGUUGGUUUUGCGAAAGGAGGGGUUUUAAUGACAUCAUAUCCUGUUAUUACGGCAAAACAACCUCUGAGCUGAAAACAGGCCCCAAAUGACCCCCAUACAAACCAACGGGUCACAUGACCACAGGGGUCAUCUGUUUUCUUUGAUAUACACAGUUUAGAUGAGUUUUCAAACCUGCCAAAUGGAAAAAAGUGGCAAACUGGUGUGACCCAAACAGGACAGCGUGAACGCGCCCUUAAGUUUGAUAGAGGUUUUAAAAUAAAGUAGUCAUGGUGUUGGUCUCAGAAGUAUCAUUGCAAAGCUUUUAUUAAUAAAGAAGACUUUUUUAUUAUGCAAACAUUUACAGACCCAUACAGGCUAAUACAAUCUAAAGCAGUCAGAUUGUUACUAUUCUCUUGAUGAUGGGGAUCAUCAGCCAUCACCAGAACACUGCUCUGACCUCCUGUUCAGUCCAGUUCUUUGCUAAAACUGACCUUCAUUUAAAACAACAAAAACAAAACAUGGAUCACACUUUAUCUUUACUUUAACACACUUUCUUGAUGUCCGUUCCUGUUUAUUUAGCUUGGAGAGCAUAUUGAAGGGUUAGCAGACAGAAAAAUGAAAGCAACAGACACUGGAAAGUGAACUGUGAUGAAGAGCUCGUGACUGCAAUUACCUCACACACAGAGACACAAAAGACACAGCACGGUCCAUGACAGCAGCAAUACCAAAAGGAAAACGGAAGGACUUUGAAAGUACAGAUUCUGAUUUUUUUUUCUUACAUCUGACUGUUUCAAAGUAAACAAUCAGAUCAGAAAUGUUUGUAUUGGAGUCACUCGCUGAAAAAGACCUGCACAUGUGUGGAAUAUACUAUCACAUGUAUCAGCCAUUCUGAUCCUGUAGUUUCAUCUACAGCAAAAGAGUCAGUACUGCCAUCUAGAGUUUGAAUGUGUUAUUUUAUAAACUAUCAAAAAGACUAACUGGUCUAUGUGGGUGCUCCACAUAGCGGUAAACCCAGCAUCCUUAGCGGCGGUUUAGGUAUUUGCUGCUUCUGGUAAACACAUCCAUCACAGGAUGAUUGACGAAUCGUCUAUGUAGGGCUCAAUCCGCUCAUUGAUGGGGUUGUAGUGUUCUUCGUUUUAGUCUUUGUCACUCUUUUUCUUUGGUUUUAGGUUCUGGAACUUUGUCCACAGCAAUAAUUCAGAAAGACAAAUCAAUUAUUAUUAUUAUUAAUGCUCCACAAAACAUUUGUGAUUGAUUAUUUUUUUAAAUUCAAGAAAGUUUUUCUUCUUGAGAAGUGAAGGGUACAUACGACUGUUUUACGGGUAUUGUACGAGUUCAAAACUGUCCUGAUGGUUUAGAAACUUGAAAAGUUAGGAUGAGUCUCAGGAAAGCUCACCAGGCUCGGCUCUGAGAUGGAUAACUGACUUUAUUUAUAGCUCCUUGUGUGUUUUCAAAGUUUCUUUGUGACGCUUCUCCUCUGCUUUCCUGAUUGAUUUGCUCUCUUCUUGCUGAGGCGCCUUUCAAAGCCUGAAACGGGAUGUUUAAUCAGUCCUCCAACUGUCUGUGAGGAAGACUCAGCUGCUUGGAUCUGUUUCCUUCUGGAAUCCACGUGUGACGGUGAUGGUUUCCUAACCUGUCAGGCGGUGAAACGUCACAAUCUCUGUAAGACGAUCACAACAAAUCUGUGGUUUCUACCGUUUCAUUGCCUCUGAGAGAAAAAGAGACAUUACUUCUGCAGAGAGGAGCGACGGCAGAGCUCGGUAUUUUCAUAGGCUUUUGCUAAACGGUGCCACAGCUGAUCAAAGACGGUGAAUCCAGUGUUUGUAUCUUUUCUAAUCAGAUAUAUUUUGGUGACAUAGAGCUGCAUGUAUUUUAUUGUCUUGCACAGUUUAGGAAAACAAAUGGAGAGUUUUAUUAUGACAAUCUUUUACGUGGACGUUUAGAAGCACUGCAGAAAUGUCUCUGUAAAUAAAUCUCUUUUUUCACAUCUA